AUGAGGGUUGAAAAGAGCAGAAAGGGGUUGGGAGAAGCCUGUGUCCGGGUGCAGAAGGCAGACGCGGCUGUGCAGACGGAGCAGGUCGAUGAUGAAGGGAAACACGUCGCUGCAGAAAACGUUCUGGAGUCCCUCAGAAAGGUGGAGACGGUGGUGACGAGCGCGCUGCGGAUCGCCGAGACGCUGACUGAAAGCGAGAGGAGGAUGAAGGGGAGGAUGGAGGCGAUCGGCCACAAGGUGGAGGAAGCUCUGAGCAGAACAGCAGACACACGGAACCAGCUGAGGGAACUGGAGGCUCAGGUUUCCUCCUGCACUAAGCCAGAUGUCAGGUCGGCGGACAUCGGACAUCAUCCGGCGUUUUGCUGCAACAUCCUCGUCUCGGACCCUGUGAACCCAAACAGGACUUACGGUGGCUGCUUUCCGCACGCAGGAGCUGAGGAUAACAGCCGAGAGCAUGGAAAAGAAACUCUGAAAGACUCUGAACUGGUGGUGAAGUGCGAAAUUACUGUUCUCUCAGACUCUUCUUCUUCAGAUCCUCUUCCUGUGGGACUGGUUCACGAACAAAACGCACCAGAGCACGACUGCAGUGAGAGCGGAUCAGCUGCCCACGGCUCUGUACCGGAAACAUCCCUGAUCGCUGCCUGCGAGGAGCGAACGCACCAUGACUCACGGGAGAAUAGAGUCGGGUCAGAGGAACCAGGCGACGAUGACGACGCUUUAAGAAGGUCUGCCAAAAGGAAGAACAGUGGAUUUAAACUAGAAGAAACUGAUCAUGAUCAAACUCUCAAGCUAGAGGAGAACGGAUAUUUCAACCACAAGAGGGGCGACUCAGGAAGGAGCCAAGAAUCAGCAAAUUCUGGGAGUUCAGAAUCAGGGCCGAGCACCAAGUGGGAGGAAUUUGAGUGCGUUGAGAAAAAGUGCUCUCCAGAUCCGGAGCAGUGUGCCCAAACGUUUCAAAUCCUCAACUUCCAUUUAAGUGAAGGUGCAUCGAAGACGAGCGGAGACUGUGAAGAAGGACCAGCAGCCGAGACAAACAGGAACGUAAAGGAUCCAACGAGUAAGUGGACGUUCAACACACAAGAAUCAGAGACCAGACAAAGCUCUGAUGCAUAUGAAGCUGGAAGUGUUCACAUCUGUCAGACGCACGCUGCAGGAACAGCUGGAACAUUAAAGAAAGGAAUCUCUGCUGAAUGUGAAGAAGCAGAAUCUCCAGCUAAACCAGCUUCUCCGAGGUCUUUUCAUCUCGCAGUACCGGAGUCCCACACUCCUUUCUUUUUCCCCCGCACUCGCUCUCGCCCUCCGACUCCCCCCACCAUGCCCACCCUGCCAGAAGAGGAAGAAGAUUCCCCCGAGGAGAUCGACAGCGCCUCCAGCUCCCCGUCCUCUGUUAUGCCCGUCGAAUCCAAACUAGUGAACGUAACCCUGUUACCUCCUGCAAUCGUCCUGCCGAGGCAAGUCAGCAAGCAGGAUCCAAGGCCUGUGGAGAAAGCCAGACCACACAGCCCGAGACCUCGGCUUUCAAGGAACGCCAGCUCCUCUGGGCCAAUCACUACAGUAGAUAAUGAUGGUCACGUGAUAGACCUGGUAAAAGAUACGCUUCCAGAGAUGCAGCUGUCUGAUGAGGACCGGCAGAAGAACCUGGAGCUGCUGGAGGAGGCAAAGAAAGUGAGCGAUCGUUUCCUGACCCGUAGGGGACGUCGUUCUACGUGUAGCCUCACGGACUCUCCUACAGCUCUGUCGCCCAACCCGACUCCAGGCUCCUCUCCCGUCCCCUCCAGAAGCAGCUCCACCUCUGCACCACCACAAAUAGAAGUUUUAGCAAAUCCUCCUUCAAGCCCGUCUCCAAGUCAGAGGUUGGAGGUGCCUACGGUGUCUGACCACGGGGAAGCAAACAAACCCGAGCAGGAGACUCUGAAGAAGCUUGUAGAGUGGAAACCACCUGAGAAACGUAAGGUUUCCUCUGGCACCCUGACCCCUCGCCACACCGCCUCCACGUCCCCAAAGGAUAGCUCAGUGAUGUGCGUCCUCACAGACAGGGGAAAAAAGCCAACGCCACCUGAAGUGGUCCAGAAACCAGACAGUCAGAUUCCAGCAGCUGGAGUUGCCAAGCCGGUACCACGACCAACCAUGCAGCAAGCUCCGUGCACAGCGGAGAUCAAGACCAUCGGGGCUUUUCCGCCUCUCAUGAGGGCUGUUUCCUGGGAUAUUGUGGGCUCCCUGAACAUGAGGAACGGAGGACCAACAGGAGAAGACGGUCCCUCUUACUCUGAAAACCUGAAGCCUCCUGCGCACACCCAGAAAUUGUCCAAAAUGCGUGAGGAAAAUAAGCUACUGAGGAACCAGAGCAUUUCAGGAUCAAAGCUCCCGGAACUGUGUGAGACGGCUGAACAAGACCGAGAUCAUUCGCCUUCGAUAACCGAGUCCACAGUGGCCGCGGACUCCAAAGAGAACGCCAUGCCCAACAUAUCAGACAUCAUGCUCCGCAAGCUCAAACUACACCGAGGAUUACCAGGCUGCGCCCCCCCGCUCACUGAGAAGGAAGUCGAGAAUGCCUUUGUGCAGCUGUCUCUAGCAUUUCGCAACGACAACUACACGCUGGACACGAGGCUGAAGCAAGCUGAGAGGGAGCGCAACCUUACAGAGGAGAACACUGACAAGGAACUGGAAGAGUUUAGAAACUCACUGAAGAGCACAGUCUCUCUAUGGCAGAACGUAGAGCAGAGGGAGUUCUAUCAGCGUCUCAUCGAAACCAUAUCUGUGCUUCACCGCCUCACAAACCGCCUGUCUAGCCGGGCAGAGAUGGUGGGAGCGGUGCGACAGGAGAAACGGAUGAACAAAGCCACUGAGGUGAUGUUGCAGUAUGUCGAGAACCUGAAGAGAACCUAUGAGAAGGACCAUGCAGAGCUGAUGGAGUAUAAGAAAUUAGCCAACCAGAACCCGACACGUUGUUAUGCAGGCUCAAUAGAUCCUGGAGAUGAGGGAGUUGCACGUUCAGCAAGAUCCAUGUCUUUGACAAUGGGAAAGGCUUUACCCAGGAGAAGAGUCAGCGUAGCUGUGGUUCCCAAAUUUAACCUCCUGAACAUUCCUGGUCAGACUCCAACCACAGGGGGCCCCGGUCCUGGAGCUAACCUUGGCACUGCUGCUGCUGGCCCCAGCUCGGGCCCUGGUGCACUUCCUGUACUGAGCGAGGCAAACGGUAUGAAGAGUGAAUCUGCUUCAGAUCCAGCGCAGCAUGCAACAGGGGAAAAUGGGAAAGUUCUGCAGGAGCAGGAAGGCGAGGCAGCUACCCCAGCCAAAGCUUCCUGUAGUCCAGAAGAGAUCAGUGCUGAGAUCAAGGCCAAGAUCGAGGAGGAAGCUUACAAUAAAGGGUAUCAAGAAGGACUAAAAAAACUUAAAGAGCUCCAGGAUGUGAAGGAGGAGGAGGAAAAGGUAGAAGACAAACAAACCGAGGCAGAAGAGAUAACCGGAGAAGAUCUAGAAGAAGAAAAAAAGCUGAGCAGGUAUGAGCGAGUUCUGGAAGUCAUCGAACGAAUAUGUCCAAAGAUCUUCAGGAGGAACCAGGCUCUAUGGAUCGUUCUUACUUUGUUCUUAGUAGUGUUUCUUUUAGUCAACCUCAUAAACAUCUUCACAACCUUGUACGCUGAUAACGCUGACACAAAAGAAGAGAAAUCCAAGAAGUUUUUAGGACUGCGUGUGGGAUCGAAGAGUCCGAGUCCUGAGUAACAGCAAACCUGCUGGUUGGAAGACGAACCGAGGAGUCGAAUAACUUGAACUUUGGAACCUUAAUCGUGUCAUGAGCAGACAACUAACUUAAUUUAUAGCAGUUUUGGGGGGGCAAACAAGUUCUAUAGAGUCAGAUGUGAUUGUAAGAUUUUAUAUAUAUAUAGUUCGAUGGAUUAUAAUAUGAGGCAAACGUCACAACGAAUUAAUGACCUUGAGAUUAUAUUACCACUUAAACUUUACUAUUUUAUUCUCAGGUUUGUGAAAUGAUAUAAAUAUAUAUAUAUAUAUUUUUUUGGAAAAUUAAGCACACUAUUCAAGAGCAUUAAUCAUUGGUACGGGAUUUGAAAUUUGUCUUCACUCACAGUCUCUUAGAUUUGACAUUGCAUGCAAUAUUUGUGCAACACGAUUUGUACUUUUCUGAAAUCGCAAAUUCCUGUUUGAUCCUGUUCGUGGAGCACAGUUCGUGCGAAAAAUGUUGCAAAAGAAAGAUUUUUUUUGCCAGGACACUUCCUUUGUUCCCCUUUAGCACCAGAGGUUGUCAUCAUGUUAGAGAAUAAUUAAUAUUCACGUGUGUUAAUGGUUUGUGCCACUCCACUCCUUUAAAUAAAGGGGCAUUUUAAAUGCUCCAGCAGUUUCACACAGGGUAAUGAAAUACAGUAUCGUGCCAAAAUCUUAUUUUUUU